GCAGGCUUCCCAAUUCCCCCUCCUGGGUUUCCUAACACUGGAUUAUCCGGUCUUCUUAGCCAUUCAGUAUCCGGCACUACAUCUGCUGAUGCUGCAACUGCUGCUGCUGCCGCUGUUGCUGCAGCGGCGGCAGCAGCUGCUGCCGGAGGCGGUGGCACGACUGGUGGUCUAAUACCGAACCUUUCCUUACCGCCACCGGGAGCUGGCACGGCGUCUGGCCUCUUGUCAACAGGUCAGCUAGCGGCGUGGCCAAACAGUCUAGUUAACCUUACAGCUGCUUUGGAUCAGCAUCAACAGCUUGCAGAUCAAUCUGCCCACUUACAGUAA